CACUCGAUCAGUAGCCGUCGGCGGAGACAGUCCUCUAGCUUUCAGUAGCCGUUCGUAUCCGGUAGUUACCCGAUUCCGUUUAACUUACUCCGGCACGCGCUUACGGCUUUUCAUUCGUUCUCGCAACCGGGGCAUGUGAUAGGCGGAAAGCCCUUAUGCUAGUGAAAAAACGCUCAACUAACUAAGAAAUUAAUUAACAAUUUACAUAUAUUUAAAAGUUAAAUUAAUAAUUUAAUAAUGAGUGAUCAGGCAAAACAGAUUGCACCACUGCCGCCUACCUUGCAGGAUUUUAAGGCUCCUGUGCUGCCGGACAACAAAAUAGUGCUCUUCUUCCAUCCGUACAACUUCUAUUCGCAAAAAGUUCUCCUCGUUCUUUACGAAAAGAAAAUUGACUUUUUCCCCUACGUGGUGGAUCUUAACAAUGGCGAGCAAUAUUCCAGCUGGUUCUUGAGUCUUAAUCCCAAGGGCGAUGUGCCAGUAAUCCAGGAUGGAGCCUUUGUCAUUCCAAAUUCGGUGGCCAUCAUCAACUAUCUGGAAAGCAAAUUCCGUGGAGAGAAGUAUCCAUCCUUGAAACCUCCGCACAACUCUAAGGACUACGACGAUGUGAUGGUCUACGAACACGCAGUGAGCCGUCUGCCAGUGGGUGCCCUUAGUCUGGGCUCCUUUAUUCACGAUGAUUUGAGGCUAACGCCCAAGGCUCCUUUCGUAGGGCCCAUCCGACACACCUGCCUGAAGAACAACGAAAAGGUGAUCGAUCUAAUCCGCCAGUCUUUGGAGGACGCUGCCAACAAAAAUGCUCUGCAGCAGAAGCUGGAUAUUCAAAUUCGUCGAUGGGACCUGGUCACGUCCCGUACAGACUUCCAGCGCGUUUUAGAUGCUGUUCGGACAUUUUUGCUGUAUGUGGAGCAAGAACUCUCCGCCCAGGCUCCGAAAACUGAGUGGCUGAUGGGCGAUGAGAUAACACUGGCGGACAUAUCUCUAGGACUACUGCUGCAUCGGCUCUACCAACUGGGAUUCGAGAACUACUACUGGACCUUCGGUAAACUACCUGGAGUCGAGGCCUACUUCCUGCGUUUCCGCCAACGCGAAUCCUACCACCGUCUGCAGCCAAGCAACUACGCCAUUCUGCGCGAGAUGUGGGCUCGAACGCCAGGCAACUACAAAAUAGGAGCGGGCGCCGGCUUUCUGGGUAUGGCCAUGUUCGCCGCCUUCGCGCACAAGUAGCGGAGGAUGAGGCAGCUUUUUUUGUUAACAAAUCCUUUUACUAUUAAAGUUGGGCACAUAUAAACACACGAA